AAUCUGAAAUACUGAAAAUAUAACACUGACAAUUUGUGUUGCAUCGUGGCGCCAAUAAAAUGUGAACACAUCAUUUUCGGAAAACAUCAUAUUAUAUCCCGUGUUAUAAACAACGCGAUCUCGCCUAUAAAUGUCAAACUAUAAGCUUGAAAUGAUCAGAAGUGACAAUUGGCCAGUUGGUCAUACGAUUCUUUAAAUUCGGAGGAUUUGUUUGUGCAGGCGACUCUGUGAUUCGUCGGGAUUUGAAGCAGACUACACAUAGAGCACUUCUUGGAGACGAUACAGACCUGCGUUGCACUUUACCGCCAAUGAACAUUAUUGUCAAUUUUCUCCUACAUGGCGUUCGCACCGUCUCUGGAAAGAAGUGAAAGUGGGCACAGUGAAGAAGGAAUUACCGGAAAGGAUUUGGAUAGAGAUGGAUCACGUAUUUUUACUGUCAGGAAGGUGAAAGGAGGGAGCAUCGAUGUUCACCCUACCGAGAAGGCCCUUGUUGUCAACUAUGAGCUGGAGGCAACCAUCUUGGGUGAGAUGGGAGACCCCAUGCUCGGGGAGAGAAAAGAAUGCCAAAAGAUUAUUCGUCUAAGAAGUUUGAACUCCACCACAGAUAUUGCAGCUCUGGCGAGAGAAGUCGUUGAGAAAUGCAAGCUCAUCCACCCAUCUAAACUGCCAGAAGUAGAACAACUCUUAUAUUACCUUCAGAAUAGAAAGGAAACGACACAAAAAGCUGGUGCUAAGAAGGGAGAACUAACAGGCAAACUCAAGGAUCCCCCACCAUACGAAGGGACGGAGUUGAACGAGGUUGCAAACAUCAAUGAUAUAGAGGAUUACAUUGAGCUGCUGUAUGAAGAUAAUCCAGAGAAGGUCAGAGGAACAGCUCUUAUUCUACAGCUGGCAAGAAAUCCAGACAACUUAGAAGAACUACAAUCAAAUGAAACUGUACUUGGAGCGCUGGCCCGGGUCCUGCGUGAAGAAUGGAAACACAGCGUCGAGCUGGCCACCAACAUCGUCUACAUCUUCUUCUGUUUCUCCAGCUUCAGUCAGUUCCACAGCAUCGUAGCUCACUUCAAGAUUGGCGCCCUCGUCAUGGGCGUGGUCGAGCACGAGCUCAAGAAACACCUGUCGUGGAACGAGGAACUUCUCAAAAAGAAGAAGACUGCUGAAGAAAACCCAGCCAGUAAAAGAGACUUUGAAAAGAGCACCAAGAAAUAUCAUGGUCUCCUAAAGAAACAAGAACAACUCCUAAGAGUAUCCUUCUACCUGCUCCUCAACCUAUCGGAGGACCCCAAAGUGGAGCUGAAGAUGAAGAAUAAGAACAUCAUCCGCCUCCUCAUCAAGACUUUGGAGAGAGACAACGCUGAGCUUCUCAUCCUCGUCGUCUCUUUCCUCAAGAAACUUGGCAUUUAUGUAGAGAACAAGAACGAAAUGGCUGAACAACAGAUCAUAGAGAGGUUGGCAAAGCUGGUACCUUGUGACCAUGAGGAUCUUCUGAACAUCACAUUAAGAUUACUGCUCAACCUUUCCUUUGAUACUGAUCUGAGAGGGAAGAUGAUCAAACUAGGCAUGCUUCCAAAGUUUGUUGAACUUCUAGCCAAUGACAAUCAUAGAUUAGUGGUUCUAUGUGUGCUGUACCAUGUAAGCCAAGAUGACAAGGCCAAGUCAAUGUUCACAUAUACAGACUGUAUACCCAUGAUUAUGAAGAUGAUGCUUGAAUCACCCACCGAAAGACUUGAGAUCGAGCUCGUAGCCCUUGGCAUCAACCUGGCAUGUAACAAACAUAACGCGCAGCUCAUCUGUGAGGGCAAUGGGCUUAGGUUACUCAUGAGGAGAGCCCUCAAGUUUAGGGACCCCUUGCUGCUCAAGAUGAUCAGGAAUAUAUCACAGCAUGAUGGGCCAUCAAAAGCACAGUUUAUUGAAUACAUCUCUGACGUUGCUCGUAUCAUCAAGGAAUCUAAUGAUGAGGAGCUGGUGGUUGAAGCUUUGGGUAUCAUGGCUAAUCUAACCAUCCCAGACCUAGACUAUGAGAUGAUCAUCAAUGAAUUUGGUCUUGUACCAUGGAUCAAAGAGAAAUUAGAACCAGGAGCUGCUGAAGAUGAUCUAGUACUAGAAGUGGUGAUGUUGGUGGGUACCGUGGCAACAGAUGACUCUUGUGCAGCAAUGCUGGCCAAGUCUGGCAUUAUUCAAUCUCUCAUAGAGCUACUUAAUGCAAAGCAAGAGGAUGAUGAGAUCGUUUGUCAGAUCGUCUAUGUCUUCUAUCAGAUGGUGUUCCAUGAAGCAACGAGGGAAGUCAUCAUCAAACUAACACAGGCCCCAGCAUACCUGAUAGAUCUGAUGCACGAUAAGAAUUCAGAGAUCAGGAAGGUCUGCGAUAACACCCUGGAUAUCAUAUCGGAAUUUGAUGAAGAGUGGGCCAGGAAGAUCAAGCUGGAGAAGUUCCGAUGGCACAACUCCCAAUGGCUGGAGAUGGUGGAGUCACAGCAGAUAGACGAUGGUGAAGGAGGACUCAUGUACGGAGAUGAGAGUUACAGUCCCUACAUCCAGGAGUCAGACAUCCUUGAUAGACCAGACCUAUUCUAUGGACAAACAGGGUAUGAGGAUGGAGAGAUGUACGAUGGCCAGGUGACACCUGAGUACGUGGAUGAAUACGGCAAUGUACAGAAUGGGGAGUACCUGGGAAGACCAGCUUCUGCUAUGUAUGGCAACAGGUAUCAAUCAGAGUAUGAAUCCCUCAGGCCCGGGUCAAGGGUCGCAUAUCUCACCGAAGAUGGGCAACCUUUAGAUGAAUACGGCAACCCCAUCGAGGUCUAUGCUGAAUCAGUAGACCAGUAUGGCCGUCCUGUCACUCCGACGUACCAGUAUGGCUCACAGGCACAGCAAGGCCCAGGUUACCCGUACUGAUCAAUAUCGACUCUUAUCUAAUCAUUGACACAUAGCAAAUGGACAGGAUACUUGGUACUGAAGGGUGUACCAAUAUGGCUGCUAGUGGGUGUACCAACAUGGCUGCACAGUGUCCAGAAGUUAUAUGAAUAUAUCUGAUGCAGUGAUCAACAGCUACUGUGAUAUUUGAAAUUGGACAGAACUACCUGCUACUUAUGGAUUUACCAAUAUGGCUACCAUUUGGGUGUACCAACAUGGCUGGACAUCUCCUACAAAUAUUACCGUAUUCGUUCAAGUUGUAGUGAUUAACACCUGUGAUCCUAGCAAUUAGAACAGACCACCUGCUCCCAAAGUGUUUGCAAAUGGUUGUACCAAUAUGGCUGCCUGUGGGUGUACCAACAUGGCCGCUAAGUUUCUGUUGACGAUGUGAACUUCUCUGCUGUGGUGAUCUAAAUCUGUGAUCAUAGGAUUUGGACAGUUUACUCAUAAAAA